UCAGGCAGCAUAUCUGGAGAGAAGGAAUGGGUGGUGUUUCGGGUCGAUACCCUUCGUCAGGCAAGAAUUUCAUUGCUCUGUGUCUGGGACAAUAAAACACUUUUAACUUUAAGGAACGAGCUGCCAGAGAAGAUAAUUGAGGCAUGUACAUUUACAACACAUUCGGGCAAGUGCAUAGAUUGGAAAGGUUUAGAGGGAUAUGGGCCUAGCUUAGAUGGGGACACAUUGGUUGGCAUGGACGAGUUGGGGGCGAUGGGCCUGUUUCCGUGUUGAAUGACUCGGGAGUACAUUUUACUAGUUAGAACUUUUACUGGAGAUAGAUACAAAAAGCUGGAGUAACUCAGCGGGGCAGGCAGCAUCUCUGGAGAGAAGGAAUGGGAGACGUUUCGGGUCAAGACCCUUCUUCAGACUGAAUACUUUGAUCCGAAACGUCAGAGUAUCCUUCUCUCCAGAGAUACUGUCCGUCCCGCUUUUUGUGUCUAUCUUCGGUUUAUUUUAUUUUUUUUAUUUUUGAAAAUAUUUUUUAUUGGAGAUAGGUACAUAACCUAUUACAUCAUUACUGUCUUACAUUUUUACAUUGAUAAUAUUGUCAGUUAUUAUUACAUUAUCUCCAAUACCUUUUGCCUUUUUCUUCCUUUUUAAAAAAAAACUAGAUAGAACUAAAGAGAUAGAUGAAGUAAAGAAAGUCUAUCUUCGGUUUAAACCAGCAUCUGCAUUUCCUUCUUAUCCUGGGAGACGGAUAGAAAAUGUGGACUCAUUGCGAUUGCAACUUGCAGUGUGGUGCCGUGGUGGUACCGGUGUGGUGCCCGGGGUGAUGCCGGUGGUGCCCGUGGUGCCGGUGCCGAGGGCCAGUGAGCGGGGGCCGCGCGCCUGCAGUGGGCGCGAGUUGAGCUGAGCUUUGCCGCUUUGCCGCUUUGCCGCUUCCCCGCGAGCCCCGACACCGGCACCGGGGGAUGCUGGGAAUGAUACCGCCCCAACAUGGCGCUGCUCAACUUCCAUCGGGGCACCGCAGGAUGUGUGCCUGUCUGUUGCAGAGUUUCCUCAUCACAAUUCCAUAUUGCUCACAAGCUCAAAUCAUUUGGGGUUCAGCUUAUAAGAUGUAUCUUUUGGCAACGUGCCUCCUACCGAGUCGUCCAUCCGGCUAUUGUUGGACCGCCUUACCCUGUACCAAAGCACAUAAAGAAACCAGACUAUGUGACGACAGGCAUUAUACCAGACUGGGGAGACUCCAUCGAAAUUAAAGAUGAAGAUCAGAUUCAGGGUCUUCGACAAGCUUGUCGACUGGCUCGCCAGAUCCUCCUCUUUGCUGGAAGGAGUUUAAAGGCUGGCCUGACAACUGAGCAGUUGGAUUACAUUGUUCACAAUGAAACUAUCAGAAAUAAUGCAUAUCCUUCACCAUUGGGUUAUGGAGGUUUUCCAAAGUCUGUUUGCACCUCUGUGAACAAUGUGGUGUGUCACGGCAUACCUGACAGCCGACCUCUUCAUAAUGGAGAUAUUAUCAACAUUGAUGUCACAGUAUAUUAUAAUGGAUACCAUGGUGACACUUCUGAAACAUUUCUGGUUGGAAAUGUGGAUAAAUCUGGGCAAAAGCUCGUGACGGUUGCCAGAAGGUGCAGAAAUGAGGCAAUUGCUGUUUGCAGGCCAGGAGCACCGCUGAAUGUAAUUGGAAACACAAUCAGCAAGAUAGCACAUUCCAGCGGUUUGCAAAUUUGCCCUUAUUUCAUUGGCCAUGGGAUAGGCUCAUAUUUUCAUGGACAUCCUGAAAUUUGGCAUCAUGCUAAUAAAAAUACCUUACUGAUGGAAGAGGGAAUGACAUUUACUAUAGAACCAAUUUUGAUGGAAGGUUCGCCAGAGUUUAAAAUCCUGCAGGAUGGAUGGACAGCUGUUACUACAGAUGAGCUGAGUUCUCAGUCGGAGACAGUCGGCGGAAGCAAUGGUUUGAUAGACGAUGGAACAUUUCACCUACUGGUAAUGCUCCGAAGAUUUAUGAACAGCGGGGCAGCAAGAAUCUGAAUUCAUAGAACCCUGUGAAUCCUUUACACAGUAGCAAAGCAAUCACUUUAUUGCAACUGAGAAGCGAUACAUUUUCUCUACCUAACUUGUUUAACAGAAUACUAAAGCACAAUUUUCACAUUUUGGAAAUAAACAUGCAUUUACUCCAACUCUAUUUUAAAGCAACGAUUUCAAAAUAAUUGAAUUACAUAGGUGUGUUCAGGAACAAAAAUGUGCCACAUAAUUAAUUGACAGCAAAGUUUAUAGAAAUUGGAUUAUUUAAGGGAAACACAAGUAUGGUGAGAGUAUUGUUUUACAGCAGUCUGAAAAAUCGUUGCUCGUUUCUUGAUUGGAGUAAAGACUUGUAAGUGUAAGACUGAGCGCGCUCUUGAAUAGUAAACCUCGUUUCAGUUCACGGUCAAAUGGCGAAUAUUAUUGAACAACCAGCAUUAGAAUUCAAAUAAGCAGAUAUUGUUAAAUUAUUUGCAAACACAAAAAUAAUCAGAAUUCCCUGUACAAAUAGAUGGAGUGAUGAAUUUCUACAUUAGAUAUUAUACGCGGUAAAAUGUCCAAUGUAUGUUAACAUUUGGCAUGUUAUUUUUUUUAAAUAUCACUGUUAAAAAUCACUUAAUCUUUAAAUACUCUUCAUUCCAGCUGUACGCAUUUGUGUUACAUCAACCAUGGUUUACACUCACUGACCGCCAGAAUCUCAUCAGAAUUCAAAUUACACCGUUUAUCGCUGUAUGUGAAGUAUUUAAACCCGAAAAUGCAUUUUAAGUACCUUUUAUUCGCCCUUCAAACAAAACAGUGCAAUUAAUCUCCCAAAAUGAAGUAUGCCUUUCUAGAUAUUUUAUAUCAUUCUCGGGUCGCAUGUGACAUUCAAAAUCCUCAAUGUAUCAUCAAUAUGCUACAUGGUUCUUUUAAAUAUGAUGUCCGCGCACAUGCAUCUCCAUGCAAUGGUUUGGCUCACUUGUUUAACGAUGAAAGGAUUGGAUGAUGCAAUUGGUGUUAAAUAUAUGGCUAAUUAUGCGUAUGAAAAUUAAGCAUCAGAGUUAUGCUAAUGGGAGCCGCCUUUAGCUGUUUAUCAGAGCUCUUGAGACUGACGUUUAAUCAAACGAAUCUCUAACUACUGCACAUGCACGCGUGUGUGUUCUUUCACCAUUAUCACUUCUUCAUAGAUGCAUGUUUGUUCCAUCACAAGCGUCACAAUUUUUAAAUAUAUCAGUAAAUAUAAUCUAAGUGAGUACAGCGUGAAACAAAGUUUUGAUAGUAUAUUAGUAAUUGUUCAAACGAUUUGAUGUUAUUUCCAUUUGCAUGUUGAAAUUAAUCCAUCUCAGUUAUGGAGUGCAACGCAUUUGGAAUAAUUCUGCCAAAUUUGCCUGUAUGAGUAAAAUUAUGUCUUUCUAAUUUAUAUAUAUUUUUUCCAGUGCCAAAAGUUUCAAUAUAAUUAAACAAUCGUCUAUUGAUGGAAUAAUUGA